UUUGUGUUUUGUUUGUUUCCUUUAUUUUUAUUUCAGCAAUCCAAGUAUCCCCUUCUGAAUGUUUGUUUCGCUUCGGUGAUUCCCAGAAAAAAAAUAUGGGAUGCUGACUCGAGGGGGUUGGAUAAAAUUUGCAUCUCCCACGCUCUAGGCGAAAUAUAAAAUAAAAACUGAUGAUUUCAUUUUUAGUAUGCCACUUGCUCUCAUAGUAGUGAGACGAAUGUUCAAUGAUUAAUAUUACUCCGUUAUAAUUUAUUAUUGUUUUAACUAUUUAUUAGUAAUGAUGUCAAUUUUUAUAAAAUCUGUUUUUGUGAUAUCUGCUUUUGGAAUUGGCACAGCGAAUCAAUUGAAGAAAUUACAGCAUAAUCAUACUCCUCAACGCCUACCAAACGGCGACAUACGUCAAUUAGUCACCCAAUCGAAUAUCAAAUAUUUCAACGAAAUAAUAGACAACAUACUCAUACCGAGAGUAGUAGGAACAAAAAAUCACGAAAAAGUCUUCGACUACAUUACAUCCGAACUAGACAAGUUGGGAUGGAAUGUGGAAGUUGAUGAAUUUGAAGAGGACACUCCCAAAUUAGGCAGGCUUACUUUUAAGAAUAUUGUGGGGGUGCUGAAUUCUAACGCCGAUAGAUAUUUGGUUCUGGCUUGUCAUUAUGAUAGCAAGUAUUUUGAAAGAGAAGUUUUUGUUGCAACAUACGCUACUGUAGCCAGCAUGCCAACAAACUCCCUAAAACAGAAAAAUCUUCAAACUAAAAAUAUUCCCAAUAUAUUAAUUAAACCAAAAAAUACACAAGAGGCUACUACCACUAAAACUGAACUGAUGGAUGCUAUCAAACCAUCACAAUUAAACAUAGCAAUUAAAAAAAUACAGAGCACUAAAAAGGGAAGUAUUGAAAUAAAGUGCAAUAGCAUCCAAGAUGUGCAAAAACUUAAAAAAGCGGCAGUGGAAAAAUUAGGAGUUUCUUAUCAGAUUGAAGAAACCAAAUUAAAGAAUCCUCAAAUAAAGAUUACCGGAUUUGAUAAAAACAUGACCAAUAUUGAAGUAGAGCAGGCAAUAAAAAAUCAAAAUAAUCUUAUUGCAGAAAAUGAAUUAUUUGAAGUUGUGCACAUAAAAACUAACACAAAAAGUGCGAUAGAUUCGGCAGUACCCUGCGCAAUGAUGCUCAACCUGGCCAAAGUUCUCAAACCCCAAUUCGACUCAAUAAAAUCAAACUCGGACUUGAGUUUAAAAUUAGUAUUUUUCGACGGCGAAGAGGCGUUUGACCAAUGGGGCCCCAGAGACUCCAUUUACGGAGCGAGACAUUUGGCCGCUAAAUACAACAAGAACCAAAACGUGCUGAGAUCCACUGGGGAAUCGGUGACUGAUUUGCAAAAAAUCGAUUUGUUGAUUUUGCUGGAUCUGAUUGGCCAUAGUAAUGUGAAUUUUUAUAAUUAUUUUCCGGAGACUUCUAGAUGGUUUAAGAGGAUGGCCGAUGCAGAAGAUAGGCUUGACAAUUUGGGAUUGUUGAAGCCAAGAUCUACUAAAUAUUUUGUUAGAAGAGAUUAUUUUGGUGGCAACAUUGAAGAUGAUCAUUUGCCUUUCUUAAGGAAAAAUGUUCCAGUUUUACAUUUGAUUCCAUUGCCUUUCCCAAAGCAAUGGCACACUCCUAAAGACAACAAAGAUAUUAUUGACGUAAACGCUGUGGAAAAUUUAAAUAUGAUACUCAGGAUAUUUGUCACCGAGUAUUUGCAUAUGUUAGUACGCAAUUAA